AUGGGGAGCCAGGGCCCUGGUGGGCUGCCCUCGGUGCAGGCUCCCUACACGGUCCUGUUGCUGCCGCUGGGGACAAGCCGCCAAGACCCAGGGGCCCAGAGCUUCUUCCUUUGGCUGCGGAGGAUGCAGGCUCUGGAGAGAGAACAGGAUGCCCUGUGGCAGGGGCUGGAGCUGCUAAAGCAUGGCCAGACCUGGUUUGAAGACCGUCUGAGGGAGGCACAUCGACAGCAGCUACAUCUGGGGGCCCUCGGUGAGAAUUUUCUGACAGAUUUACACCCAGAACCUGGUGGCCCCCAGUUAGCCCAGAUUCAAAAGGUGAACAUCUGUUUGCAGAAUCUGAUUCAGGAGAAGUUCUCCCCAAGUACACUGAACAAGGCUAGUUCCUGCACCACCCAGGAUUCAAAGGAAAGACCAAGGAAGCCGAACUUGUGGCAGCAACAGGUAAACUUCAAGGGAGAGGGCAGGAGCCACACCCUACAGGGCAGGGAGGAUCCCAGAGGCCCUGUCUGUUUCUCCUCUCCUCCAGGAGUUGUCAAGGCAGCAGAAAGGAGUCACCCAGCCAAAGGAGGAGAUGGCUCAGUGGGGCUGCCCUAAGGGGCCAAGAGGCCCUACCCAUGUCUAAACCUUCCUCUCACUCCCCUAAGUCUGGUGAAAGAGUCAGAAGCCCCAGGCUCCUUAUUCCGCUUCUUAACAGCUAAAAAAUGGCUCCAGUAGUAAGUCAAUAAAGUUCAGACAUCUUGGUGUAAA